AUGUCUUUAGCACAGCUGGUUCUGCUCGCCGGUAUGCCGUCGGCUGAGUUCUUCGCUCACUGGUCAGUUCUCCUGCCUUUCGAAAAUGAACAUGUCCGGUCAGAUAUAACCGACUUCAAACCGGCCAUUAAAUCAUCUGAAACAAGUGCGUCAUUUAUAAGAUUUAUCCAGCUUCUAACAGCACAUCAUGCUUCCAGGAGGUGUCGGAAGGGAGCUGCAGAGAUUCUAGUGAACUAUGAUGACUUAUGCCCUUCUGGAAAAUGCUCCUACGAAGCAUCUGGAGGGAAAGACACCCUCGGUAACUUCCCUAUCUGUGGAAAGGAUGUUCCUCGUGGAUAUUACAUGUUUUGCCGUGGUAGCAGGAACGAUUCUCGUGGAUUCAGCUGCGGUUUAUGGGUUCUGUUUCAUUCACUUUCCGUGAGGAUUGAGGAUGGAGAAAGCCAAUUUGCAUUCACGGCGAUAUGUGAUUUCGUCAACUUCUUCAUGUGUGAUGAAUGCCGACUGCAUUUCAUUGACAUGUGCUUGAGUCUAUGUGGUAUCUUGGAAACGGCGCGUGAUUUCGUCUUGUGGGUGUGGAGCACGCACAACAGGGUCAACGAGAGACUCAUGAAGGACGAAGCUUCUCUCAGUACUGGUGACCCCUUGUUUCCCAAGAUCAUAUGGCCACCAAGGGAGCUUUGCCCAUCCUGCUAUCUCUCGAGUGACCAAGAAAGCGUAGAGUGGGACCACGACAAUGUCUACGAGCUCUUAAAGAACUACUAUGGUCCGCAGCUCGUUUCCCUUUGCAAAGAAAAGAGUGUCAUAGGGAGCAAGGAAGAAACCAUCUCAGCCACGGAAGACUUGACGGUAGCCACCAACGCUGUGGUUGUGCCGAUUGGAGCUGCAUUGGCAAUAGCUGUCGCCAGCUGUGCAUUUGGUGCGCUUGCUUGUUACCUGAGGACGCAGCAGAAGAACCGCAAGCUGAGGAGAAGCUGGAACUGAUCUCCUAGUCUUGAUGUUUUCAUAACUAGAUCUUGUUUGGAGUAGAGUUGUUUGCGUCAGGUGCUUUGGUCUCUCAUUUUGAAAGUGUACAGAUUCUUCUCUUUAAUUUUUGUAAUACGCACACUGAGAGUUGUGAGUGUUGGGAUCGUAGAUAGAAAUCUUUAAUAUAAUUUCUAUCCUGACCA